AUGGCGAGCCUACGUUUCGCGGUGUUGGGCAGCCUACUCCUGGCCGUGAGAGGUGCAGAAGUGGGUGCCAACUGGGCGGGAGUGAACUCCUUCUUUGCCCAUGCGCUGCCCAGUACAGGCCCAGGCAGCCGUACAGCCUACUUGGACCACAUGAGGGCAGCGGGGCUCCGUCUGCUUCGCAUCUUCAUCGUCUCUACCUCUGAAAACUACAAGAACAGCGGGUCGCAGGCGGUCGAGGACUUGGAGGCCAAACAAGUGGGUACGUACGACGACCGCAUCCUCACCCUUAUCGACGACUUGAUGCUCGAGGCGCAUGAGCGUGGAAUCAAGCUUGACAUUGCCAUGCACGACCGCUACUCCCUGGGUUGCUGGAGAGCAGAUGCCUACGUAGGCAAGUACAACUUGCCAAAUGCCUCCUGCUGCACAUGCGUCGCCGUGAACAACCAAGUGGACCGCUUCUACACCGACCCGGACAUCCAGGCGAAGUUCGAUGCGCGCCUCGUGCACAUCUUGCAGCACCGGAACCCCCACUUCGGCAAGACAUGGGGCAACUUGCAUGAGGUUGUCGCCUCUUUCGCGCCUCAGAAUGAAGCUCAGGGCCAUCUCCGGUCAGUCGACAAAGGCUGGUGGUGCCGUCGUGCACAGGUCAUGAAGGCUCACAUGCACCCCAGCAUCCCCAUCUCCACUGGUGGUUCUGUCGACCUUGCAGACGCGCUCUAUCAGCAGCUGUAUGUCUGCCCUGAGAUUGAUGUUGUGGACAUCCACACUUACAGCACCGAUGCUUGCGACAUCAAGAAGAUCUCUAAGAUUGCGGCAACCUGGGCCGUGAGCCAAGGCAAGAGGGUGAGGUUGCAGGAGUUCGGCUAUCAAGGAACAGACGCGCAAAAGGUCAGCACGGUGAUGCCCAUACUCCGUGCGGCAAGCGAACUGGGCAUUCCAUUCAUGCCCUGGGAGCUCAUGCACCCAGACAGCUUGGACUACGAGUUCUGGGUAGAAGGUGACUUCUGGCGCGGGCUUUCCUCGCAGAGCGAGGCUGCUCUGCAAACGGUUUCGCCCUUCUCUUGGCCCGAGCUGCCGAGCAGUCAGCAGCCUCGGCUGAAGGGCGACUGGUACUUCUGUCUUGUGAACGAGGAAUGUGCUUCCGGCUGCUGCAGCAACGAGUGGAGCGACGACAACAAGUACAAGUGCACUCCGGGUGGCAGCCGGUGCACGGGCAACCGCCUUGAUGACUGGGUCUUCUGUACCCAAAACAGCGACUGCGCCAACGGGUGCUGCAGCAAACAGUGGAGCGACGAUGGCCAACACAAGUGCACGCCGGGCGGCACCCGAGCCUUUGCGGCGACGCGAUUCUGA